AUGAGUAACGAUUCCAUAAAGGUUAAUGCUAUUGAGGAAGAUUCAGAAAUGAAUGAAACCAAUAUAAACGAAAGAAAAAAUGAAGAUGUAGGAGAAGAUAGUGAUGGCGAUGAAGAACUGGAUGAAGAUGAAUUCGAAGUGGAUCACAUCCUAAAUGUUGCUGCAGUGGAUGGCGAAGUGAAGUAUCAGAUACGGUGGAAAGGUUAUGGAUCAGAUGAGGACUCUUGGGAACCCGAGCAGAAUCUGGAAACAGCACGGCUAAUCCUUGAUGAAUACAUUGCAAAUCAUCAAGACGAAGUGAAAAAGGCUCAAGAUGCAAUCCUGACUCAGAACAAAUUAAGAAAACGGGGUAGAAAUCGAAUAAAACCGCGAAAUGAAGGAAAUAGGAAAUUACAACGAAGCUCUAGUUCGGAAUAUUCAGAAACUAAGAAGACAGUGAGUCUUCGAGCUAGGAAAAAGAGAAAGACCGAAUAUGAAGAUUAUGGUAGUGAGAACGAUAGUGACAAGGACUAUGAAAAAGUUUCAAAGAAGCGCGGGAGGAGAAGUCGAACAGCACAUACUAAACUGGAGAGAACAAGAAUUGUAGAUUUAUCAGAGAGCAAACAAAAUAAACCACUUACCAAGGAUUUAUCGCCAAAGAAGGCAAAAAAUGCUUGGCUCUAUGAUGACGCCGAGGAUGCAGAUUCCGACGUUUCAGAAGGCAUCGAAGGGACAAAAAAAAAUGAUGUUUUUUUACGUGAGACAAAAGGCAAUAAUCAGUUGAAAGAAAAGGGUGCUGAAAAAAGCAAUAUGUCACUGGCAACGCCUGAAGAACAGUGCGGGAGCAAUUUUGAUGAAAAAAUCGCUGUUUUGUUGAAUGAAAAGAAACAGAAAGGAAAGGGAAAAGUUGCGAAGGCCAACGCAGUGGAAGAAAAUUAUGAACCCAAAGUGGAAUUUAUUGGUGUCGUUCAAUGUCAUGAUGGUGCAGUUAAGGUAGUCUAUUCAAACAAGGGUGAGACAAGAGCACAUGUUGUAUCUGUGAAGGAAGCUUUUGAAAUAGAUGGCUUUGGCUUGGUGCAAUAUUUUGUUAGCCGAUGCGAAUUUGGUAAGCCACAAAGUAGUAACAUAUAA